GUGUAUCUCUGUCAUAUUCGUCUUUGGCUUAUAUUUCCUAGUUAUUUGGGCUUAAAUUUAGGUUGUACCCAAAAAGCUGAUGCCUAUCAUUGCACACAAAAAAAAUAAGCUAGUGAAAUAUUUAUCAUCCUUAACCAACUCAAUACCAAUAUGAGUACUCGAAGUCUACAUAAUGGUGAUAAGACACCAGUACAUACAUGGACAUCUAUAUCGACCAAAUUGGUAGAGAGUCCUGAUGACUUGAAAUUGUGGGAACAAUUAGUUGAGGCAGCUGAAUUGAAUAAUAAUCAAGGUAUAACCAAGGCAUCAUCACCUGAAGAAUUAGAAUUACUAAGAGUAUCAUAUAUUAAAUUUCUAGACAAGUAUCCUUUAUUGUUUAACUAUUGGAUUAAGUUUGCAGAAUGGGAAUUCAAGCUUGGUAAUACUGAAAGAGCCAUUCAAAUAUACGAAGACAGCUUACAUCAUUUAUCAUAUUCGAUUGAGAUAUGGAUACAUUAUUUAAAAUUUAAGUUGAUGACUAUUAAUGAUAAUCUCUUUGAAAUUCUUGAAUUAUUUGAAAGAGCUAGGAAAUUUAUUGGAUAUCACUUUCACGCUUAUGAGUUUUAUAAGUUAUACUUGAAAUUUUUAGAAUCUUAUGGAACUGAAACGAAUGAAUUUAAGAAAAAGUAUUAUAUAUUACUAAGAAUUAUUGUGGAAAUACCCUUAUACCAUUAUGAAUAUUUCUUUAAAUUAUAUUUUGAUAUAAUAGCGUCCCUCUCCAAUGAGAAAUCAUCAGAGUUAAGUACAUAUUUAGUAUCCAGUAAAGAUUUGAAGUCAUUAACUCAGGGAACUGAUAAUAAAUCAAUUUCAGUAUAUUUAAAGAAGAUUUUUAUUGAUGUUUAUAUUACUACCCAAUUCAAAGUAUACGAAUUGUACACGUUUGAAAUGAAGUUAACCAAACAAUACUUUGACUACAAACCAAUAUCAAUUCAACAAUUGGAUUCAUGGGUUCAAUAUCUUGAUUUUCUUCAAUUAAGAGAUUAUCCAUCUGAAUAUGUUAAAUUUGUUUAUAAUCGUUGUUUAUUAUCUACUGCAUUAUAUCCUAAGAUUUGGAUUAAAUUGGCUAACUAUCAUAUUUAUAGAAAAGAAUAUGAAGAUGCUGAAACUGUACUAUUAAGGAGUUUAUCUUAUUCUAGUGAUCAUAACUUGAUAUUAAAGUUAGUUGAUAUCAACUUAUAUAAUCAGGAGAUAUUAAGAGCUCGAGAUCUAAUUGUUGGAUUCAUUCAAAAUUGUGUAUCUGUACCAAUUCCAAUUUAUGAGAAAUUACUCAAUAUAGAGAGGCUUCUUCAUACUAAUGAUAAUGAUUAUAUUGUUAGUAUAUUUAAAGAAGUGAUUAAAAAUACCAAUAGAAAUAGUUGGAUAUUCCAUCAUCUAUCAUAUUAUUCAUUACCUAAUGAGUAUAAAAGGAAAAUACUUGAAGAGUUUCCUUCAACUGAUCGUCAUCGUGUUCAAUCUAUUGAACUGUUAGCAAAUAUAGAAACAAAACCUGAUUAUGACGAGGAAAUCUCAUCAUACCUAUAAUAUUACAUAAUAAUUCUCUAGUAAUGCCUACCAGUAUAUAGUUAUAAAAGUAUUUACUUUCAAUCGAAAUACAAAGAGCUCUACUUUUUUCUACUACUUCUUCUAACCGGUGGUGGAUGAACUUUAGCUGAUCGAGUAGCUCUUCUUGUAGUAGGAGUCUGUUCUUCUUCUGGUUCCUGUUCUUUAUCCUUUUGUUUUGAUUUCUUAUCAGUCUGCUUCACAGCUAUGUCAUCUUCUGGAGCUUCAGAGUCAUCAUGAUGAGUUUCCGACCGCGUUCUUCUUCUUUGAGUUUGUGAUUGAGAUUGUGGAGACGUGGUACUGACUCGAGAUUGUCUUCUUUUAGAAGGUGGUGGAGUUGUUUCUACAGGUUCAAGUCUGGCUGAAGAUCUUGUUCGUUUCUUGCUGGUUACCUUGUCAACAAGUUUUUCACUAUCUUUUCUUUUA